AUGCUUCAAACACUUCCCAUGCUUAGCCGGGAGAUGACCAUAGCUUUGGCUGUCCUCUCCUUGCUUCUGGUCCUAGUCCACAAAGCAAUAUCAAGGCGCCGGGAAACCAAGGGACUUCCUCCUCUUCCGCCUUCACCCCCUAGCACAAACAUUUUCGCUGGCCAUCUUCCAACCGUCCUGAAAGCAGCCAAGAACCAUCGCCAGCAUCUUCUGUUCCAAAAGUGGGCCGAGGAAUACGGCGAGGUGUUUUUCGUCCAGCUGGGUACUAUCCAGGAGUACUUCAUCAAUAGCGACCAAGCCGUCAGGGCAAUCUUCGACAAGGCUGCGGCCCAAACAUCCGAACGACCGCGUUGGAUUGUCAGUAACGAGCAGAUAUGCAACCGACUCAAUCUUCUCCUUCUUAGCUCGAGUGAAAAGGCAUGGAAAAGUCAACGGAAGGCCACAACCUUUGGACUGACUAAUUUGAAUCUUGCUGAUGCUGGCCUUCCAUUUCUCCAUUUCGAAACAUUGAAGUUCCUAAAUGACAUUGCAAAAGAUCCCAACAAAGGUGCCAAUCCGCAAUCCCUAUGGUCGAGCAUUGGUCGCUACACAUAUAGCACAUUCUCGUCCCAGAUCUUUGGCCUUGAUGUCCCUGAAGACAACAGUCCUGUUAUUGACUACAUAUUCGAAACAGGCCUAGCCCAGAUCCUUGGCAUGCUCCCUGGCUACUAUUUAGUUGACACUUUCAACAUUCUGGAUAAGCUGCCACUAUUUCUUAAACCUUGGGAAAGGAGCGCAAAGGCCAGACACAAGCGUGACUAUGAGUGGUGUUGUGACAAGCUCAAGAGGGUAAAGUUACAGAUUGAUGCUGGAGAGGCUCCGCCUCAUAUGACUUUCAUCAGAAGGGUCAUCGAAGACCCGAACCACCUGGGACUUGACAGCCUCGAGGAUGCCUCAUACCUAGGCAUGAUGUUAAUCAUUGGGGCUUCGGAUACGAGCCGGAUUUCAACUUGGUCAUUCCUUGAGGCCAUGUUAACAUUUCCAGAUGUCUGCAACAAAGCGAGAAAAGUAAUUGAUUCGGCUGUUGGAGAUAGAGUUCCGGUUUUCGAGGAUCUGGACAGUAUGCCAUACAUCCGUCAAGUUAUGAAAGAAUCAUGGAGAUGGCGUCCACCUGUCGCCCUGGGCCAUCCCCAUACCACGACUCGAGACAUAAUUUACAAGGAUUACCGCAUACCAAAGGGAGCGAGGAUACAUCUGAAUGCUUGGGCAAUCCAUCGGGACUCUACACGCUACAGAGACCCUGACAACUUCAUCCCUGAGCGUUUUGACGGUGAUACAAGAUCGAGCCAAGAGAGUGCUGCAUCCCCUGACGUUUCUAAAAGAGACCAUUUUGUCUUCGGAGCUGGACGUCGUAUCUGCCCUGGUUAUCAUAUUGCGGAUAGAAGCUUCGCUGUUAGUGUUAUGCGCAUUCUUUGGGCUUUCGACAUCAGUUUGAAGCCAGGAACAAAGCUUCCUCUUGACCCCCAAAGCUUUCCGGGCGACAUGCCAGGUAACCCUGGACUCGAAUUACCUGUCGUAUUGACUGUCAGGAGCCCAGAAAGACUGGAAACUAUACAGAAAGAGUUUGAAGCGGCUAUGCGGAACCGGGAAAGGAUGGAGCCGCUAGCUGGGUAA